AUGGGUAGCCCGCCGGAGGACUUCUCGGUGGUGGUACUGGCAUCGGAUCUGGGUAUAGAUGCGAGGCCAUUCUUGACGAACCAAGAAAGAGAGGUCGAAGAACAAGAGAAUUGGUACGACUGCCCUCAGAACCUUAUUGCCGACGAGGACUUCUCCGAUCUCGAGCUCUUGCAGUUCUUUCGUGUUCAGGGCCAUGACAAUUCUGGAAAUCGUAUUUUUCGCAUAGUGGGAAAAUACUUUCCCGCUCCAGUUGUUAGUGGAGAUAGGCUGAAGAGGUAUAUAUUCCACAAAUUAUGCAGUGAGCUUCCAGAAGGGCCAUACUGCAUUGUUUACAUGCAUAGUACUGUGCAAAAGGAUGAUAACUCCCCUGGCAUAACCAUCUUAAGGUGGAUUUAUGAAGACCUUCCUUCAUAUUUGAAGGACAGGCUUCAGAUUGUGUACUUCAUUCACCCUGGGCUCCGAUCAAGACUUGUCUUUGCCACUCUUGGCCGAUUCUUCUUAACUGGAGGCCUAUAUUGGAAAAUCAAGUAUGUAAGCCGCCUGCAGUACCUUUGGGAGGAUAUAAAGAAGGGAGAGGUGGAGAUUCCUGAAUUCGUGAAAGGUCACGAUGAUGUUCUCGAGCAUAGACCGCUAACAGAUUAUGGCAUUGAACCUGACCCUCUUCACAUGAUUGAGGUUCCGUCAACAGCCUACUCAUUUGGAAGGUAUGAGGAGAGAUGGGCAUCAAGAGAAUAUACGUCGUAA